UUUUGCCACUUCAACCUCCAUUCCAUUUCUCUCUCUUUGGAAGCGUCCAAGCAAAGAGCUCUCUCUGUCUCUGACCCAACAAAAAAAUGUUCUAAAUUCCAUUUUUUUUUCUCAUUCAAGUGCAUGUUGGUUGGGUGAGAGUUUUGAGGGGGAAGAGAAGGGUCUUCUCUCUCUCUCUUUUUAAUUCUUUGCUGAAUUUUAUAAGGGGUGAGAGGAACUGUCUUUCUUCUUCAAGCUCUUGCUUUUUGUUUAUUUGUUUGUUGGGGGAUCAUAAUCUUGGCAAAAAAAGUGGUUGAAUUUGUACAGAGUUUUUGCAGAGUUUUAAAGAUGAUAGGGAGUGAGUGUUGGUGCUGGGAUAGUGUUAUUGAUUUGUUUCCCUCUGAGCCUGAACCCUUUUCUCUGCCUUCACCGCUACCGGAAUGGCCUCCAGGCCAAGGAUUUGCUACUGGAAGAAUUAGUCUCGGAGAAAUCGACGUUAUCCAAAUCACCAAGUUUGAGAGCAUUUGGAGUUGCAGACCGUUACGUGGGAAAUCCAAAGGUAUUACAUUUUAUAAGCCUAAAGAGAUCCCAGAUGGGUUUUUCUGCCUUGGUCACUACUGCCAGCCCAAUGACCAGCCAUUGAGAGGGUAUCUACUUGUUGCUGGUGAAGCUACUUCUCCCAAGUCGGAAGUUGGUUAUAUGCAAGAAUCGGUAUCAGAAUCUCCAGGUCUAAUAAAGCCCAUCAAUUACUCAUUAGUCUGGAGUGAAGAUUCACACCAUGAUUGUGGUUAUAUUUGGUUGCCAAACCCACCAAUGGGCUACAAAGCCAUGGGUUUUAUGGUCACUGACAGGCUAGAAGAACCCAAUGUCGAUGAAGUUAGAUGUGUACGAGAAGAUCUUACAGAGUCUUGUGAAACAUGUGAGCAACUGCUUUCUAAAGAUUCAAGGUUUUCGGACACAUUUCAGGUUUGGAGCACUACACCCUGUCAAAGGGGGGUGUUUUAUAGAGGUGUUCAUGUUGGUACAUUCUACUGCAGUACUUACUCGGAUUUUGGUGAAGAACUAGAUAUUGCGUGCUUGAAGAACGUUAGUUCUAGCCUAAAUGCAAUGCCAAAUCUAGACCAGGUUCAUUCGCUUAUCAAGAACUAUGGUCCCACUGUAUUCUUCCAUCCUGAUGAGGAAUUUUUGCCCUCAUCUGUACAAUGGUUUUUCAAAAAUGGGGCACUUUUGUGUCGAGAGGGCUCUGAGAAGGGUGAACCCAUUGAUUAUAAAGGCUCAAACUUGCCUAGUGGAGGAAUAAAUGAUGGUGCGUUUUGGAUAGAUCUGCCAACUGAUGAUGAUGCACGAGACCAUAUCAAGAAAGGAAACAUGGAGAGUGCAGAGCUCUAUGUUCAUGUAAAACCAACACUUGGAGGAACUUUCACUGAUAUUGCUAUGUGGAUAUUUUGCCCCUUUAAUGGACCAGCUACCAUUAAGAUUGGUAUACUGAGUAUCGCAAUGAGCAAGGUAGGAGAACAUGUGAGUGAUUGGGAACACUUCACCCUUCGUGUUAGCAACUUCACUGGUGAACUCUGGCAAGCUUUCUUCUCUGAACACAGUGGUGGACGAUGGGUGGAUGCUUCUGAGUUGGAGUUCAUUGAAGGGAACAAACCAAUAGUUUAUUCUUCGAAACACGGUCAUGCUAGUUUUGCACAUCCAGGAACCUACCUCCAGGGCUCAACAAAGUUAGGAAUAGGAGUGAGAAAUGAUUGUGCUCAAAGCAAGAUGUUUAUUGAUUCAAGUACUAAGUACAAGAUCAUCUCAGCCGCAUAUCUUGGUGAUGGAGUUGUUGCUGAACCAUGUUGGUUGCAGUAUAUGCAAGAAUGGGGACCAACCAUAGUGUAUGAUUCAAGAACCGAACUGGACAAGUUGAUUGAUCUUCUUCCAUUUUAUGUUCGAUUUUCAGUAGAGAACAUAUUUGAUUUGUUCCCAACAGAGCUUUAUGGCGAGGAAGGACCAACAGGCCCAAAGGAGAAGGAUAAUUGGUUAGGAGAUGAAAUAUGCUAGCUAUUCCAUGCAUGCCUUUCUUGUAGGGGUGUGGAGAUGGUUUCCCAUCCUGCAGCAUGGUUAGUAGAAAAAUGAGUCAGCAAGGUUUGUAGAAAAAUGAGUAGCUUUCUCUUUCUCUCUCGCUGUAUUCUUAGGAUUGAAAAUUAUGAAAAUCUUGAGAAAAUCUAUUCAAUUGUCUACUAAGCUAUUUCCUCACGAUUGUGAUCCCCACAAAUACACGAGGAAAUACAGUUUCUGGAAACUAAAUGCAUGUUGUUAGCACUGCCUGGUUCUGAGGAACCGAUUGUGUUCUUAGAGAAACAAAAGCUUUGUCUCCUUGAGUCUGUCAACUGUAGUUGUACUUGAUCCGUGUGUGGAUAGAUGCUUUUUUGUUCAAUGUAAUGUACUAUUUUUUGCGUUCACAGGA